UGUGAGGAUACUGGCAGCGUUUCAUGCAGCUCCAGCGGACAUCUAAAGCGGGACUCGCUGGUGUGUAUGUGCGUGUGUGUGCGUGCGUGUAAAGAGAGCUAACACACACUCUCACACACCUUAACAUUUGGACACAACAUGGCGAUGAGGCGCCGAGAGACACGACGACUCUUCCCCGACUAACACAACCACGUUAUGUUUAUUGGUGGGGCGCGCGACAGGGAAAUACGUGAAAUUACGCUCAACUAAUUAAACCUGAAGAGAUUUUUCCCGAAUUCCAUUAUAUGCAUGUAGCUGUAGCGGUCAUAUAAAGCACACACUGCUUUACCCCGCUGCUGGAAAUCAAACGCUCUACAUGGCGGUGGAGAAUAUCUGGUUCUUCUGUCUACUUUCUCUGGGUUACUGUGGAUUAUCCGUGCAAGAGAAGCCUGUAUCCGUGGAGCUGAGCUGUGGUGCCGGACCUGUCCAUGUGGUUCUGGAGCCUGAUCACCCUCUGCUGCUGGAAUGCCAUCUGGGGGCCAGUGAGCCCCCCCUCAACGUGACCUGGCUGCGGGAUGGGGCAGUUCUCUCAGAAAGCCAGACCAUCCGGCCUUUGCCCAACAGAUCUCUGCUCAUCUCGCCCUCUUCCACGGAUGGCCAUGCUCCAGCGGGUGUGGAGGGUGGAUACAGCUGCCUAAGUACCAGCUCGACAGGAGCCCUGACCAGCCGGGCUCUCACCCUGCAUCUCGCCAGCUUGUCCCGUUUUCUUCAGGAUCCUGAACCUCAGGUUGUGCCAGUAGGUGGCACUGCCCGGUUUGAGUGCUAUGUAGAUGGCUUGCCCACCCCAAGUGUCACCUGGGAGAAGGACCAGGCGCCCCUACCUUCACCCACAGAACCUCUAGAACCAUCCAGGUACAUAUCUCUUCCUAAUGGGGUGCUGCAGAUUUUAGGGGUCACUAAAGAAGACAAAGGCUUGUACCGUUGCGUGGCCUUCAACUCUGCCCGCAAGCGCUUCAGCCAAGAGGCUUCGCUCACAGUUAGCCCAGAUGGGAAGCCUAUAGCUACAGAUGUGGUUGUCUUGGCAACCAACCUAGUGAUUCCUGACACCCGCAGUCACCAUGCUGGAGUGUAUGUGUGUCGUGCCAACAAACCCAAGACCAGAGAUUUCGUCUCAUCUCCCGCUGAACUUCGAGUUCUGGCUCCACCAGUCAUCUUCCAGCCCCCAGAGGCGGUGUCCUUGUCCCGAGGGAAUACAGCUCGGUUUGUGUGUAAUAGUUCUGGUGACCCUCCCCCUGCUCUGCGCUGGCUGAAGAAUGGUGAACCGGUCCAGUCUAAUGCCCGGGUUAAGACUCAGAACCCUGGAGUUCUGCUCAUCAACCAGCUGCGGCUGGAUGAUGCGGGAUACUACCAGUGUAUUGCUGCCAACAGCCUGGGCACCGCCUGUGCCACUGCCAAACUGUCCGUCAUCGUGAGGGAGGGUCUGCCUAGCCCUCCUCGUCAUGUGUCGGCCAUACCCCACUCUAGCACUUCUGCCCUGCUCAACUGGGACCCACCUGAACAUAAUAGUGACCAGAUCAUUGGCUUUUCAGUACACUACCAAUGCACAGCAGGCUCAGACAACAUGGAGUAUCAGUUUGCGGUGAAUAAUGACACAACAGAGCUGCACGUAAAGGAGCUGCUCCCUCACACAGCCUACACCUUCUAUGUAGUGGCCUACUCGCCCAUGGGUGCCAGCCGCCCGUCACAGCCCGUUACAGUGGAGACGCUAGAGGACGUUCCCAGCGCUUCUCCACAGCUGUCCCUGCUGAGCACAUCUCCCACUGACAUCAGAGCCAUGUGGCUGCCUCUGUCCUCACAGCUGAGCCGCGGAGCCAUCACACGCUACCGCAUUGACUACAGAGCGCUGGAGCAGGUGGAUCACAUCUACUCUGUGGAAGUGGGUGGGAAUGAGACGCAGGUGACUCUAAGGGAUCUGAAACCAAAUCAAACGUACCAGCUCCGGAUUGUGGCGGGAACGCGGGCUGGGUUCAGUCAGUCUUCUGAGUGGGCCUCGCACCACACACCAAACCUUACUCAGGUGCUCUUUGCUCCCACUGAGCUCAAAGUGAGAGCCAAAAUGCAUUCCCUCCAUGUCACAUGGCAGCCACCACCAAAUCAUACUCAGAUCACCGGUUAUAAGCUUUCCUGGCGGGAGUUGGAUGGAGAGGAGCUGCCCAAUGAGGAGAAGCCUAUGAUCAACGAGAGGAUUCAACAGAUCAAACUGAGGAAGAGAGUUAAACACCAUGAGGUCACAGGCCUUGCUCCUGAUCAGCUGUAUGAGGUGAAAGUUUGGGCGUUUAAUAAACAGACUGAGGGUUAUCCUGCUGUCUGGAAGGGCAGAACAGAGAAGCUCACCCGAGUGCGGACGACAGACUCUCUCCCACCAUUGCCACCCAUCAGCAUCAGAGCUCGAGCAAACAGUUCCACCUCUAUCUGGCUCCGCUGGGAGAAACCGCACUUUAGCAAUGUGCGAAUCAUCAACUACACUAUACGCUGCAGCCCCGCAGGAUUACGCAAUGCAUCGCUGAUCUCAUACUAUACCAGCUCUUCUCAGGAGAUUUUUCUGGAAUCACUAAAGCCCUUCACCAGCUAUGAAAUUGCUGUGCAGUCUAAGGGAGUUGAUAUGAGUGGCCCUUUCAGCAGCACAGUGGAAGAGUCCACACUUCCAGACAGACCCUCCUCUCCUCCUCUGGACAUGCAGUUGAGUGUGCUGGACUCAUACUCUGUUCUGGUGAGCUGGCGCCCUCCACUGGAGCCAAAUGGUGUCAUUUUGACCUACUGGAUCCUCUACACUGGCAACAUGAGCCAUCCAGAUCACCUGUGGAUAAACCUUACACAUGAUGGUUCUGUUACCAGUGCAGAGGCCCAAGGCCUGAUGAGUGGGACACGUUAUUAUUUUAAGAUGGGGGCUUGCACUGAAGUUGGGGUGGGACCAUAUUCACCUGUGAAGGAUGUCUAUACUCCUCCAAAGAAAUAUGAGCUGGAUAUCCAUGCUGUGACUGGUAUCAUAGUUGGAGUGUGUCUUGGUCUGCUCUGCAUCCUGCUCUGCAUGUGUGUCAGUUUCCGCAAUGGAAAAACACGAGAUGUGUCUGGUGGACUUGACUCGAGUUCUCUGAGUCCUCAGUACAGGAAGGGUGCCCGUCCAGUGCCUACUACUGUGCCUGACUGCAGUGACUGCCAUGAGCUGGAAACCCUCAUGCCCUCUAGUGCACAAGACCCCAACAAACCCCUCACAGACCUCACUGAGGAACAGAGUCUCAUGGCUAACAUAGGAGGCGCUGAUGAUGCCCCUGCAGAAUCCAUGCCAGCCUGGAAUGGAUCUGUUAGUCGGAACUGGGCCAAUAGGAUCACCAGAUACAGAGAUACUAUAACUGAAGAUUCUUCUGCUCUCAUCAAUGGAGCUCUUGAAGGACCACCAUCAGACAACAGUAAGAGCGGGCAUGUGGAGAGGCUGUAUUCCCUCAGCAAGAACCAGGUGGAGGCUGAAGUCAUCGUACAUUCACAGCUGUCAAACACGACGGUUGACCAGGGUCCACAAAGUGACAUGGAGCUCUCUCUCGAGUCUCCAACUUCCAAGCACCCUUCUCCUGGAGAGAAGGCAACUCCAACAAACCCGCAUCCACCUUAUGCCCACAGCGAGGACAACCACGAGACUCAAUCUCCAUCUCAGACUCCCAGCACUCACAUCUCAGAAGUACUGUCCAAUCACAAUGGACCAUUUGAGAGUGGUCACAGCCAGCCGAUAAUGGGCGGUGCCAAAAACCAAGGAGUGGGGCUUGCCAAUGGCUUCCACUUGUCCAAACCCCUUCGUUCAAAGGCAGAGACCCUGGAAAACGGGGCCCACAGACUUUGCCCCACAGGAAAGGUUCUGCCCUCACCAGGUCUCUCCGCUUCCCCCUCAUCCUUCGCCAGCUCUGGCCUUGUCUACUCUACCUCAGGGGAGCAUAACUACGUGUACCCCUAAGCUGGAAGGAAGAAAAGCUUAACAAACGGUGUUCCCAAAGUUCCGGGACAGAGAAAGACAACAGAGGAGACCAACGAGUGGCACCUUCCUGCUGGAGAAGUUGAUCAUUUCUCGUAGCCACACACGCCUCUUCUCUCGGCUGUUUUAUUGCAACCUUUUGGUUCCAUUAUUUUAUAUGUAUGUACAUAUAGAAUAUUUUUUUAGCACUAGUAUCCAUGGAUAUGCAUUUUAGGGCAUAUCAGUGUCACACUUUAACCCCUCUUUGUGUGCAUGUAUGGAAUGUGCUGAAGUAGUUUAUAUGUUUACAUGCACACGUGAAGUCAAGAGUGUUCUUACUUAGAGGUGAAGUUGAAGGAUCCUGAAAUCAGCCCUACAGAAGGAAACGGAACUCAUUCACGAGACGAACUUCAUGGAUCGGUCUGAGAUCAGUGCCAACGGGUGGACAUCUUGUCAGAGAAAAUAACCCUGCCACAAAGUACCACCUCCUGCUGUCUCAGGGUCGCCACACAUAAACACACAAACACACACACAGAUCUGUGCUUAAAACGGUUGUUGCAGAAAAUUAGCACGAUAUUUCAGUUCCAUCUAUUCCGGUUUUUAAAGGGGUUGUUCACCCAUAAAUGAAAAUUUUGUCAUUUACUGUCCCGCACGUUGCUUCAAACCUGUGCAUGGACAAAAAUAUUUG